AUGUCGCCCUCAUUCGAUAUGGGCGAGGGUCUCAGCCUUAGGCAUCUACCUGAUGCUUCGAACGCCUCAUUCUCGUUUCAAAUCCCAACCUCCACUAGGACAGCAGAUUACUUGCUCGCUGAUGACGGCGAGGACUUCUUUAACGGUGUAGACGACCUCCUGGCAACCCCGGCACCACCCAGACUCGGCGAUCGUCCCCUAAGGCUCAGCGACCUGACGCCUAGACCGUCGGGCAGAAACGAUUCCAAAGCUCCGUGCCCACCAGAGCAUCAUGCUGGAUCAUCAGAACUCCUUGAAGACAACAAACCCUCCCAACGAUCCCCAAGAACCAGGAAGAGCCGUGUUAAUACGGCAAGACCGAAGCCUAGCGCGAUCACCCGACUCACAGGGAUGCUCCCAAAGGCAGAUGUCUUUCCAGCAUCUCCAGCGGGAGAACGCAUCGACAAUCUGAAGGCUCAAGUUAGCUCCUUGGCAGAUGACCGUGAAACCAUCCCAUUGACCUUUCCAUCGAAACCUCCACCUGACUCAGCGCCCCCUCCUGUCUCCAAACACAAUCCAGCCCCAAAUCAAGAGCCAUCAGUACCCCAGAACAAAGCACCUCACCCUGUCCAAAUCACAGAACCUGUCCCGAAAGCUCGACGGCGGAGAGGGACUAUUGUGGCCCCUUCUAUGAAUGACUGCCGCAGCGGCAUGAACGCACCGCGCUUCUCAUCAGACGGCCCAUCGACGUCCAAGCCACCAGAUGGAGUACAGGAAACUCACGCCGACUCCAGCGGAGACUCUGUUGCUCUGGGCGGCAUUGCAGCUCGUCUGCUAACGUACAGUGAACAGAUCUUAACCACUGCCGAACAUGUCGAAAGUGGCUCUAAACCCACGUCUAAACCCGUUACUGCAUACUCACAAGACUCGAUGGCAGGCACAUCUGCCCCAUGCGUACCAUCGACUUCGACUGAUGACAGCCCUUUGACGUUAUCUCAACUCUCUCCUGAAAAGCCCCGUUCGGAAGCGCGAGGAGUUCGUGUGCGGCAAGGUGCUGUCGAGGAAGCACCUCCACCAAAGCCUCUUCUAACCUCAUCGAGCAAGAGGCCGGCCGGAAACCCAUCUGACGACGGUCCAGCGCGGAAAAGAGCUAAACCUAACGCCCCUUCUGCUCCUGACAAGGGGUCGACAUCCAAUAAAUCAGCGGAGGAUGUACCGCCGACUCGGAAGGUUGUUCGACGUCGCUCGUCUGGUUCUAGGUCCAGGUCGACAGUCACGGGCGAGCUACCAAGAACACGACUGAGAACGUCUGGUACCACAAGGGUUACCAGAAGCAGCAGGUCCAGCAGUCUGAACAAAUCCGAGUCCGAACGGGAGAAGGCCAACGCCUCGUCGUCAACUGGUGGGACUAGCAGAGCGGUAACUCCACGGCUACGAGAUUCGCACCACAAAGAGACGAAGAUCAAAUCGGCGGACAAGUCUUCACUGUCUCGACCUUCAACCGAACAGGUCGCGAGUGGGUCCACGUCCUCAAAGAGAAGCGUUAUUCGCGCGACUAUCCCUCACGAAUUCAACUUCCAUGUCGACGCCCGGUUAGAAGCUCGUAACCGUGAAUCACAACAGUCAGACCGUCUUGGUGGAUCGUCUAAAGCCAACAAGAAGAAGGGUUCUAUACCAGACUUCAAGGCUCGACGUGAAGCCGAGUUACCGCACCGAAAAGAGAACAUUCAGCCCGUCGUACCCCAACCCUUCAAGUUCGAAUUGGACUCUAGGCUGAAAGAGCGUGCCAAGUUUGAAGAGAUGAUUCGAGAGAAGGAGCUUCAACGGCAUCGAGAACUGGAGCAGAAACGAAGGGAACGGGAAGAAGAGGAGGAACGGGAAAUCCGAGAGUUGCGCAGGAAGCUGAUUCCAAAGGCGAAUGAGGUUCCGGAAUGGUACAAAGAUGCACCAAAGAAGGUCAAAGGUGGUUAG